AUGACAUACCACUUACAUGAUGUUUCCCCAGGCGAGUGUGACAUACGCUGCUGUUGUGACCAGGACUGUACUCAAGAAGUUCUGGGGUUGUUUGCGACUCAGUGUCUUCCUGGACCUUUCGGCGGAAGUUUCAGUCCUGUUCCAGAGUAUCAGUGCUCAGCUCAGUCCUCUGAAAAUGACCCUGAUUGGUUCCCCUUCCUCUGUGUCGCCUCCCCCUCGGACAACAACCCCUUUCUGGGACUUUUCUACAAUGGUGGGACAGUCUCUCCAAAGCCCAGUCCAUCAUUCCAAGCCCUGCAGAUGACAGCUCCUGUACCUCCCAUUAACUACCGCCAGGGGGAUCCAAUAUUCACUAAGGAUGACCAAUACUUCACCAUCCCACAGAACUCUGGACUGGGCCAGUGUGCGGAAAAUGCUCCAGUGGCGUUUUUGGAAAACUUUGAGUCUCAGUGCGUGAGGAGGCUGCAGUCCUGUCCACCACCUUCUGAUGACCUGAGAGUGGAUAUUAAAGAUGGAUGGGGAGGUAUCGUCACAGUCAGUGUUGUGAAUGAAAUGGCCGAUGACCUCAGAUUAUUUCUGGCUAAUUCUCGUGAGCCUAUAUCUGUGUCACAACAGUGUGGUAAUGUUGUUGUGGCCUUGCGUUACACUCUUUACUGGAGAGAGAACGGCCUCACUGCCAUUACUGUGACACGGACCACUGCGAACAUCACUGUACCUGUAUCUUUGACCAGAAGAUACUCUGCAGUGUUUGUGAACGGAAAUGAAACAUCUCAGUCGAAUUCUGGCAAUCCAGGUUACCAGGUGAAGAGGCCAGUGAUUGGUGGUAUUUUGGACUCUGAUACAGAAGAUAUACAGAGGGCCCAGAUCAAUCUCUGGCAACCAGGUGGAGAUGGCCUGUGCUCCUCUGCUGAACUGAGACCAGCUCUGUUUGGGAUCAACUCCACAUCAGGCUGUAUGAUUCCUGCGAGUUUGCUGAAUAUGACGCAGUGCAGUCAGUUGAGAGAAACAGUGCGUGGUGUCCUUGCUGGAUUAGUGCCUGCUACACUCGUCUCCACAACAGGAAAACCAAACUUUACCAACCUAUCAGACUGGGUCAACAUUACUACUUCAGUGCAGAACUCCAGUCAGCCAGCAGAGAGCAGCACUGGAGAGUGCUCAGCUGUUCCCACCCACCUCCACAUCCAUGUGUGGAGCGGCAUCAUGGGAAGUGUGCAGGGUGUGCCUCAGACGUUCAUCCAGGCAGUGGAGAUUAGUUUCAUAGAAACAACAUGGAGGAUAGAGUGUGGUAUGGGCAGGGUGAACCCAUGUUUAAACCCAGAGCUAAUGCAAAAUUUCCCUGUGACCUCGUCUGUGACCUUUACUGACAAUCCUCUUAUUAUGCAACCCCCUAGAUCCAGGUUCAGUAUUAACUUCACCGAGUUUGACUGUGACAGGAACGAUGUGUGCUGGCCCGAGCUGGCCUUCCCUCUCACGAGAUACUAUACUGGUGAGCCGUAUUCCCAGGCUCUGGCUAAAGGUCUCGUUCUAGUGUUCUUCUUCAUUGCUGCGUCUGUUUUAGGAACACCAUGGAGACAAAUCAGACAGGCAUGGAAUAGUGCUUCAUUAUGAAAGAACGCAAGACAAAAUGAUCUAUCAAAUAGAAUUUGAUAUGCAAUGGUAAAUAGCUGUAAAGAUAUUAUUUAUUUUCCUUUUCUGGUUUGUA